AUGGCUUCCGUCGCUGAUCCAACGCCGGCCUCCACCGCCGGUCCGCAAGAGAAGGCCGCCGCAACCCCAACCCCAACCGCCCCCCUCAAGACGCCCAUCGCCUCCCCGGUCCCGGCAUCAUCCACCCCGGCCGUCCCGGCCCUCACCGCAGACCAACAGUCCAAGUACGACGGCCUCCUCGCCCAAGCCCGCGCCUGGACGGAGGUGACAUGCACCACCGCCGCCCACGCCUCCAAGUCCGGACCCCUCACCGACACCGAGCGCCAGUGGCUCACGCGCGAGUGCCUCCUCCGCUACCUCCGCGCCACGAAAUGGUCCCCCAAGGACGCCGAGAAGCGCCUCCUUGAGACCCUCGUCUGGCGCCGCGAGUACGGCGUCGAGGCCCUCACGGCCGACCACAUCUCGCCCGAGAACGAGACGGGCAAGCAAAUCAUCCUCGGCUUCGACAAGGAGCGCCGCCCUUGCCACUACCUCAACCCGGGCCGCCAGAACACGGACCCGUCCCCGCGUCAGGUCCAGCACCUCGUCUUCAUGCUCGAGCGCGUCAUCGACCUCAUGCCCGCCGGCCAGGAGAAGAUUGCCCUGCUCAUCAACUUCAAGACGUCAAAGAGCCGCGGCAACACGGCGCCCGGUAUCGGGCUGGCCCGCGAGGUGCUACACAUCCUCCAGACGCAUUAUCCUGAGCGUCUGGGCAAGGCCCUCAUUAUCAAUGUACCCUGGAUGGUCAACGGCUUCUUCAAGCUCAUCACCCCCUUUAUUGACCCAAUGACCCGGGACAAGCUCAAGUUCAACGAGGACAUGCGCCAGUACGUGCCCGAGGAGCAGCUGUGGACCGAGUUCAGCGACGGCAAGCUCGAGUUUGAGUACGACCACUCCGUCUACUGGCCCGCCCUCAACGGCAUGUGCAAGGAGAAGCACGAUGCCCGGACGGCGCGCUGGGUCGCCGGCGGAAAGCAGGUUGGCGAGUCGGAAGAUUACCUCGGCGGUGCCGUCGAGAAGGGCGUCGGCGCGGAGGCUGCGGCUGUGGCUGCGGAUGCGGCUGUGAUUACGGUCACGGCUCCGGCUGACACCGCUGCCGAGGUCAAGCCUGCUGCGUAA